AUGGAUCCAAACCAACUCAACUCUUUCUUCAAUUACUUACAAAACUUUCCUCAAAUUCCAAAUACCCAACAAUCUCAAACCUCAAACUCUCAAGUUCCAAAUCAAAACUUCACACUACCAAAUUCAUUUCAAAAUCCAAAUCCACAAAAUCUUUCUAGUUUCAAUUUUCAAGCUCCUUAUAAUAAUCAGUUUCCUAUAUUCCAACCGCAAAAUCAAAAUUCACAAACACCCCAUUUUUUAUUUUCGUCCAUAUUUAAUCCCUCUAUCGGAAAUGUUACUCCAACUUCCUUACCGUUUCCAACUCAAUUCAGUGCAUCAAGACAUAACUCAUCUGGUGUUGGUGGCUCUUCUAACCCAUCCUCUCAGACUCCUAUACAAUCUAGUCCAAAUUCGCAAUAUUUAGAUUUUGCCAACCCUCAUAGAUUAGAUGUUAUCGACCUUAAUGAUGAUGAUAUUGAAGAUCGGAGGCAAGAUAGUAUUCAACACUGGCAUUGGAAAGAGGAUCAGAUGCUGAUCGGUGGAUGGUUAAAUAUUUCAACUGACCCUGUAAUUGGUACCGAUCAAAAGGGGGAAAUAUUUUGGAGUCGAAUUCAUAGCUACUGUGUAGAAUUUUGCACCGACAUGACAAGGGGGUUCACUUUUGAGAGGCAUUGGAACAUGCUUCGAUUGGAGCAAAAAUGGAGAAGCCAACUACCUACACAGAGUGGUGGCUCAAAGAGAACCAAGGUUAGUGCAACUGGAGCAUACUCAUCCUCAUCAAACCCAGAAAUACCGUUGGCUGACGAACCCGGUGUGGACUCUCCCGUUCGCCCACAAGGAUCAAAGAAGAGCAAGCGAAGAGGUAAGGGAAAAGCACAGAUGUCUGAAGAUUUUAGCGAAAGAAAAUCAUCGGUUGUCAAAAAAUUAUCUCUCAUGGAAGAUAUUAAGAAUGUUAGAGAAAAGGAACUAAUGGAAAGGGAAAAAGAAAGAGAAGAGGAGAAGGAACAUAGAGCAAAGAUGAUGGCAAUCAAAGAGAAGGAGUUACAAAUUCAAGCGGCAAUGAAAGAACAAGAAUUACAAACUCAGAGGUAUAUUAAAGAAAUGGAGAUAAAAGCAAAAGAAAGGAAAAUGGAUAUGCAAAUACUUAAUGCUGACACGUCUACAAUAAGUGAGAAACGACGAGCUCUUCAUGAGAUUGCAUGUGAGAAAAUAAUGGCCAAGUAG